UUUCGAGUGAGAAAUCCGGAACUUUGAAAUUAAUCACACUUUUCCGAAUUUUGUCGGUCCGAGUUGUCAUCUGUGCCGAUAAACCUUUUCCGUGUAAAUGUUUUUGAGUCGUGAAUUGCUAUUUCCUGGGAGUGACUCAAGAAUGAAUUCUCUUAGAAAUUGUGAAGUGGAACAGCAGAAAAGCACUUGAUCCAAGUAUAUAUUUCGAAAUCAAGAAUGAAAGUUUGCUUCACUGUGCAAGGGAGCGCAUUUACCUGUGCCCCGCUUUCCUUUGCACGACAAUCGCCGACAGUGCAAUCCGUGGAAUAGGUUUUUUCGUGAUCAUUAAGAUGCUCGUUUUAAAUUUGAUAACGUGCGCCUUGCUAGCAGCCAACGUCAGCGCGAGAGGCGCUUUACGGCAGCUUGGUUUUCUCAACAGAUAUGGAGAGAUUUCAAAACGGAUUGAUUCUUACGCGCACAAGCAUGGAUUGUCACCGUCAGUAAGAGGUGACCUCUGGAUUAAGCAAAAGCUGGAUCACUUUUCGCCCUCCAGCACGGAAGUUUACCAACAGAGGUAUGCCAUGAGCAAGGAAUAUUACGUUCGGAGUAAUAGCGAUCUUGUUUUUCUCAUGCUCGAAGGUGAGAGUCCCAUGAGCGCGGGAUGGCUACAAUACAGCUUUAUGUCGGAACAAGCUAAAAAACUAAAAGCCGCAGCCUUUGUACUUGAGCAUCGAUUCUACGGCAAAAGCAUGCCAAAAGGAGACCUCGGAGUAGAGAAUUUGAAAUAUUUGAGCAGUGAGCAGGCACUGGCUGAUGCUGCACAUUUCAUAACGCAGAUGAACAUCGAUCAUGGUUUUAAAAAUCCAAAAUGGGUCGUUUUUGGCGGAUCUUACGCUGGAUCUUUGGCAGCCUGGAUGAGAUACAGAUACCCUCACUUGGUCCAUGCUGCUGUGUCUUCGAGUGGUCCUCUUUUCGCAGAAGUCGAUUUCCCUGAGUACUACCAAACUGUGUCAAAAUCCCUGUCGACUGUGAGCACAAAAUGUGUGGAUGCUAUUAGAGAUGCCUAUCGCAUUAUGGGCGACGGAAUUAAAAAUUCAACGAAACGGGAACACUACCGGCAACUUUUCAAUCUCUGUGAGCCCCUGAAGGAUGAUAAGAAUGACAUCUACACAUUUUUUGAGGGUAUCAUGACUUCUUUUGCGUACGUCGUUCAGUACCAUCAACCAUCACUAAAUGGAUCCAAAAAUGGAUUGAAGUCCAUCGACAUGAAGGGUGCUUGUGAUAUCAUGCUGGAUGAUAAAACAAAUAAAUGCCCAGUGCAUCGACAUGCGGCUUGGGUGAAAGAAAUUUUUGGAAACACAUGCUGGGAGCACAGAUACUCUAAAGUAGUUGAAGAGCUGAAGAUUACUAAACCUCACGAACACAUGAUUAUGCGGCAAUGGUUGUACCAGACAUGCACCGAGUUUGGCUGGUAUCAGACGUCUAGUAAGAAGGGCGAAACAUUCGGCGAUCAACUCCGUAUUGAUUACUACGUCGACCUUUGCAGAGACGUUUACGACAAAAGAUUUGAUGCUUCAUUCUUAGAAUCGUCUGUUCAAGAGACAAACUUGAAUUACGGAGGCAUUUCCUUGGACGUCAGCAGGGUGAUCUUUGUUCAUGGAACCAUCGAUCCAUGGUCAUCUAUUGGUAUCACGAAAAAACCUCCCAAAGGAAGCGUUUCUAUCUUUGUAAAAGGAGUGGCACAUUGUGCAGAUAUGUUCAUAGAAAACGCUUCAGAUAUACCACAAUUGAAGAAAGCAAAAGCAAAAAUUUCACGAAUUUUAGGACGAUGGACGAGCGGAAAGAAAAUGGAAUCCGAAGCAGAAUCUGUUUUCCACUUUCAGUGACCACCCAAAAUAAGAGACUGAUCGAUCAUUCAAAAAUGUAGCUUCCGAUAAAUGCAGUCAAUAUAAAAUGCCGUUUUAUAUAGCGAGCAUUUAUAUAUUUGUUAGGAUCAAGUAACUGUCGUGAGUUACAAGAUUCACAGAGGUACCCUUCUUUAUCCAAUGAAAUCAAAGCCGUGUUGUCUCAAUUGAUUAAAAAAUGUGUGUGCUUUUAUACUAGAAUAAACAUUUUUUACGUGUCAUUCACUAA